CUUUGUGGGCUCCCAUGUCUCAUAACCUUAUUGAUCUAUAAAUGGCGAAGAAGGCAUUUAUCGAUGUAUGGUAACAUUGAAGAAUUCUUGCAAAGUCAUGAUCAUAAUCUCACACUUAUAAGGUACUCUUACUCGGAGAUUAAGAAGAUAACUCACGGAUUCAAUGACAAGUUAGGUGAAGGAGGUUAUGGCUCGGUGUAUAAAGGAAAGCUUCGUAGUGGCCGUUUUGCGGCUAUAAAAAUUUUACGCAAAGAAAAGGCUAAUGGACAAGACUUUAUCAAUGAAGUUGCCACCAUUGGAAGAAUUCAUCAUUGCAAUGUGGUGCAACUCAUAGGCUUUACUGUUGAGGGCUCAAAGCGUGCCCUUAUAUAUGACUUCAUGCCUAAUGGAUCUCUUGAAAAGUAUAUCUUUUCUAGGCAAGGAAGCAUACCACUCAGCAACCAGAAAAUAUAUGAAAUUUCUCUUGGGGUGGCUCUUGGCAUUGAAUAUCUACAUGAAGGUUGUGACAUGCAGAUUUUGCAUUUUGACAUCAAGCCUCACAACAUUCUUCUCGAUGAAAAUUUCACUCCAAAAAUCUCAGAUUUUGGACUUGCAAAAUUGUAUCCAACUAAUAAUAGCAUUGUGUCCCUUACUAUGGCUAGAGGAACGAUAGGAUACAUGGCUCCUGAGUUAUUUUACAAAAGUAUCGGAGGCGUCUCUUACAAAGCCGAUGUCUAUAGUUUUGGGAUGUUAUUGAUGGAAAUGGUUGGUAGAAGAAAAAAUCUAAAUACAUUGGCAAAUCAUUCAAGUCAGAUGUACUUCCCUUUAUGGAUUUAUGACCAGGUUAAUGAAGGAAGGGAUAUACUUGAAGAUCAAGCGACAGAGCAGGAAAAGAACACAAUAAAAAAGAUGACUAUAGCGGCAUUAUGGUGCAUACAACUAAAGCCUAUUGAUCGUCCCUCAAUGCACAGAGUUGUACAGAUGCUUCAAGCAAAUAUUGAAUCUCUACAAAUGCCUCCUAAGCCUUUUCUCGUUCCACAACAGACAUCAAAUGAUGAUAGGAUCAAUAUGGCUAAUCCAACAAGUUUAAGAGAUUCGUCAAAUGUUUGUAGUAUCAAUUCUUCAUAUCAAUUUGGUCAUUGAUAGAAAAUUAGAAAUACUCUUGUAUGUUUGUUUAUUUAAGUAAUAUGUUAAUUUUGUAUGCCUUAACUAUCUGAAUUUUGAUGAUAAUCUUGUUUGUUAAAAAUUGCAAUUAACUAGCUUACAAAGCAUCCAAUAUACACUAGUCAUGGAUUGUUCUCACAUUAAAAUAUGAAUUUCUAAAAUUACCUAAUGUU